AUGGCAGAUCACGGCCGGCCAGCACCAGUAAAGGACAAAAAGAGACUUCCAUCUUUUCAAGGUGGACUGGACCCUGAUCCAGGACACAGAGGUACACCUAUAAUCCUUUCACACCAUGCAUAUCAAGAGCCCAGAGAAGCAACAACAAGGGCUAGAACAAAAGAGUUUGAGAAAAAUCUUACAGUUCCACGAUGUUCACCACGGGCAAAUUUCAGCUUGGCCAGUGGUGCUUCAGCCAAUGUGACCUCAGCAUCACACAGUAAGGAGGAGCUAGAAAACCCACUGCUUAUUAACAACUACUUUGAAGGCAAUGAAGAGGGAGACACUAAGAAAGGCUUGUAUUUCAGUGAUGGGAAGAGGAAAAUAGACUAUGUUUUAGUUUAUCAAAACAGAAAGCUUGCUUCUCAGUCCACCCCUCAGAGUUCUGAAGCCAUUGUCCCAAAUGGCACUGCAACAAACAAAGCCUACAAACAAUUACGAGGUCCUCUGCAAGAAGUUGUGCUGGAUGUUGGCAACCCUCACGAAUCUGUGGAAGAGGAAAGGAGAGCCCGCAGAGAGGAGUUUGAGAAGAAUCUCAUGGAGAAUGGACUUGAGAUCGAGAAAGACAAGGAGGCGAAAACCCAAGGCAUUGGUUAUGUCAGGAUACAUGCUCCUUGGCAUGUUCUCAGUCGAGAGGCAGAAUUUCUAAAAAUAAAAGUUCAGACCAAAAAGGCUUUUGAAAUCCAACAGGAGGAUGGAAUCGCAGCAAAAAUGAACUCCAUCUGGCAAAAGUUCACAAAGCCUUUGCAACCCAGAAAUGAACAGUCGACCCAGAAAAGCAAGCACCUGUCAUAUCCCUUCACCAGAGACAAGAUGUAUUUGUACAAUGUGACAAAUAAGGAAACCUUUUUUGACAAUUCAACCCGGAGUCGAAUAGUUUAUGAAAUUUUGAAGCGGACAUCUUGUGCAACAGCCGGAUAUAACGUGGGUAUAACCACUUUAAUAGCAAAUGGAGUUUAUGAUUCAGCUUUCCCUCUUCAUGAUGGUGAUUAUGAAGACACUGAUCCAGAAGAGAAUGAACGCAAGGUGCUGUAUCAAGAAUGGGCACGAUAUGGAGUGUUUUAUAAAUACCAGCCAAUUGAUCUAAUAAGGAAGUAUUUUGGAGAGAAGAUUGGAUUGUACUUUGCAUGGUUGGGACUGUACACGCAACUCUUGAUGCCAGCGUCACUGGUUGGGAUCAUAGUGUUUUUGUAUGGUUAUGUUACAAUAGACAGUGAUAUACCAAGUCUAGAGAUGUGUGAUGAGAAGAAUAACUUCACCAUGUGCCCGCUCUGUGAUAAGUCCUGCGAUUACUGGUACCUCAGUACUGCUUGUGCAACAGCACGUGCCAGCCAUUUGUUUGACAAUCCUGCCACUGUCUUUUUCUCCAUCUUUAUGGCUCUCUGGGCAACCUUGUUUCUUGAAUCCUGGAAACGUCGACAGAUGAGUUUAUGCUACCGAUGGGAUUUAACUGGUCUGGAAGAGGAAGAAGAGCAUAUGCAGGAGCAUCCAAGACCAGAAUAUGAAUCCAAACUUUUGCAGAAGAAGCUUUUAAGAGAAGGAAAGGAUCGAAAUCAACAAAAGAAGGAGCAGGAAGGCUGUGCACUAGGCAAAAGCAAAUGGAAAGAUGAGGUCUUAUCAGCCAUGGGUGGGAUAAAUCUGGAAGAAAAUGAAAAGCUGACCUGGAGGGAUCGGGUUCCUGGCUAUCUGGGGAAUUUCGUGUCAAUUCUGUUCAUGAUUGGCCUAACAUUUUCUGCUGUCUUUGGAGUGAUCAUGUAUCGAAUCUCCAUAGCAGCAGCCAUGGCGAUGAGUACAAAUGAGAGCACAAAGUCACACAUCCAGGUCACAGUAACUGCAACAGCCGUCAUCAUUAACCUUCUGGUGAUCAUCAUCUUGGAUGAGAUCUACGGUGCUGUCGCCGAAUGGCUGACCAAAAUGGAAGUUCCUAAAACAGAAAAAAUCUUUGAAGAGAGAUUAAUUUUGAAAGCAUUCCUAUUAAAAUUUGUCAACUCUUAUGCCCCUAUUUUCUAUGUUGCCUUUUUUAAAGGACGGUUUGUUGGCCGACCUGGAAGAUACGUUUACAUCUUUCAUGACUAUCGGAUGGAGGAGUGUGCCCCUGGAGGUUGCCUGAUGGAGCUUUGUAUCCAGUUGAGCAUUAUCAUGCUCGGGAAACAGCUCAUUCAAAACAACCUCUUUGAAAUUGGAAUUCCGAGAAUAAAAAAGUUGUUCAGGAAAUUGAAGGACGAAAGGGCUGAUCCCAAAGAAUCGAAUAAUUCUGGUUCUACUCGACAGCCGCAACAGUGGGAUUUAGACUAUAAUUUGGAACCUUUUACUAGCCUGACUCCUGAAUACAUGGAGAUGAUUGUGCAGUUUGGCUUUGUGACACUCUUUGUCGCAUCCUUUCCCUUGGCUCCCUUGUUUGCUCUUCUCAACAACGUCAUCGAGAUACGGCUGGAUGCAAGAAAGUUUGUCGCUGAACUCAGAAGACCAGAUGCAGUACGGGCAAAAGACAUAGGAAUUUGGUAUAACAUUCUCAGUGGGAUGGGGAAGUUUUCUGUGAUCAUUAACGCAUUUGUAAUCGCUAUAACGUCUGACUUCAUUCCACGCCUUGUUUACCAAUACAUGUAUAGUGAUGAUGGAAGUAUGCAUGGGUUUGUGAAUCAUACCUUGUCUUACUUCAAUAUCAGUGAAUUUCUACAGGGUACUCAUCCACAAUCAUCACAUUUCAUCAAUAUUAAAGUCUGCAGGUACAAGGAUUACAGGGAACCGCCAUGGUCUGACCAUGCCUAUGAUUACUCCAAACAGUAUUGGGCUAUUCUAGCUGCACGCUUGACAUUUGUUAUAAUCUUCCAAAACCUGGUGAUGGUCUUAAGUGAGGUACUUGUUUGGCUGAUAUCUGACGUUCCCAAGGAUAUCAGCAUACGAAUGAAAAAGGAGAAAACACUGUUCGUAGAUGUGCUGCUGAAGGAAGAACAGGAGAAGGUUAAUCUGAUUGAGAGCUUUCCAGUGCAAGACAGGCAGAAGCAAAAUCUGAAGACUGAAGUACAGAAGAGCCGAGCAUCCAGCUUCACUCAGAGAGCCAGAAAUCAGCGAAGCAGCUUCACAUCAUUUAGCUCACAGCACACAGAUGUCUGA